AUGGACAAAAAUCUUGAUUCGCAAGAAGAUUACACUAUAGACCAUCGAAAGAAAAUUGAUGAAUUGCAUUCUGGUUUACAGCAGGAUAAGCAUUUCGGAGGAAUUGAUAGUCAAUGUGGAGGAAAGAAUGAAACCAAAAGUGGAUCUUGUGGACCCAAAGGACUGAGCAAGGAAGCAAAACGUUGUGAUAAGAUGGAAGAUGAGCCAAUGGACAAGAGAAGAGAAUCGGAUGUCAGAAACAAGGAGAUAAGCUACCAAAAAGCUAAAAUGGACAAAAAUCUUGAUUCGCACAAGGAAUUCACCAUGGAAGAUCAAAAGAAAAUUGAUGACAUGCGUUUUGGUGGGCAGCAGGAUAAGCAUUUUGGAGGAGUCCAUAGUAAAUGUGGUGGAAAGAAUGAAACUAAAGGCGGAUCCUGUGGAGACAAAGGACAGUGCAAGCAAGGAAACCGUUGUGAUAAGAUGGAAGAUGAGCCAAUGGACAAGAGAAGAGAAUCGGAUGUCAGAAACAAGGAAAUGGAAAAAUUGAAAAUUUUGGUUUCAGAGAUUUUUAUAUCUGAAAUUGAAAAAAUCAUUUCAAAGGAUUAUUGA